CAACCCGUUUAAUCUCUAACAAAACCUGUUUGUUUGUAAUCGGAUCCAAGUCAUCACCGCCGCUUCAUCAAGGGCAGUUCAAUCCAACUAAUUCCGUCCGCCGGCAGUCUUCAAUCACACAGACUCAGACGCAAGCAUAUAUAAUAUCCAAAGCCAAGGCGCUUAGGCCAUGGGCUCAUCGGAAUCUACUCUCUUAAGUUCACAGAAGAGUGAAGACGGGAUCACCACCGUCUCGGAGCGCUUAGAAGAUGCAGAUCCCGUGCUAGAGAAGCUUAGAUCCCUCAAAAUUGCAACUCCAAUUCUGACAUCUACAUCAGCAGAUAGCAGCUUGACAGAUAUUUUGGUCAGGAAACCAUCAACUUCUUCUAAUACAGGUCUUAUAGAUCCAAAGGUGCUACUGGAACUAUUCUCAAUGUACCAAGUGUGGCAAGAAAAACAGGCUCAGAACAUCAACAAAAGACAGGAGGAAAUAGAAAAUAAAAUAGAGCUUGCAGAUGCUUUGGCUCUAAAACUUCUUCGACGGUUUAAUUACUCUGUGUCAGCAAUGAAGACAGCAUCAACUCACCUAUCUGGAGUUGAUGAGUUACAGGUGGAACUUGGGGAGCUGAAAGGAAGGCUAACUGAAGUGAUGAGUAAUUGUGAUGCUUUAUGCAACCGAAUUGCUGCUGGUGGACCCGAACCACUUCGCUCAUCGGUCAAGCCAUUUGCAGCCACCGCUUCUGAUUUAGGAACAACCAUGAGCCUUUCCUUGACAGCAAAAGGUGCACCCUUACAGCUCAACCCUGAACCUUAGCUGUGACUUAUCGCUACUCGUUUGUUGUACAGUUUUAUAUUUACUUGAGAUCUUAUUAAUGCACCUUGUCGUUGCAUAUAAAUGGGGCAUCUCAUUUAGGGUACGAUUUUAAACUGUUACGAAAUUUAUUAAAUUUUUUUGUAAAGCAUUAUCUGGAGAUCUUUUCACAA